UAAAAGAUCCCCGCCCCGCCCCACCCCACCCCUCCCAUACCCAUUUUCACAUCUCCAAUUCGAUCGUCGCGCAACAAUCCGCGUUUCCCACCCUAUAAAUUACCCAAUGCUUUUGUUCUCUUCACAAGUCAUCCCCGAUCUUCUUCUUCUUCUCCUUCUCCUUUCUUCCCUCUCUCUAGCUACUACUGAUCAUUAAUUAAUUAACAAAUUCAGCCAUGGUUCUCUCAUUCAGUUCUUCCGAAUCCGAUCUCUCCAUCCACUCCACUUUCGCCUCGCGCUACGUCCGUUCUUCCUUGCCAAGGUUUAAGCUGCCGGAGAAGUCGAUUCCGAAGGAGGCGGCGUACCAGAUCAUAAACGACGAGCUGAUGCUGGACGGCAACCCCAGGCUCAACUUGGCUUCCUUCGUCACAACGUGGAUGGAGCCCGAGUGCGACAAGCUCAUGAUGGCCGCCAUCAACAAGAACUACGUCGACAUGGACGAGUACCCUGUUACCACCGAUCUCCAGAACCGCUGUGUGAACAUGAUAGCCCAUCUGUUUAACGCUCCACUGGAAGCGUCCGAGACGGCCGUCGGAGUGGGAACAGUUGGCUCGUCGGAGGCCAUAAUGCUGGCCGGACUUGCCUUCAAGAGGAGGUGGCAGAACAAGCGCAAGGCUCAGGGGAAGCCCUUUGACAAGCCCAACAUUGUCACCGGAGCCAACGUCCAGGUAUGCUGGGAGAAAUUUGCAAACUACUUUGAAGUGGAGUUGAAGGAAGUGAAGCUAAGGGAAGGUUACUAUGUAAUGGACCCUGUGAAAGCUGUGGAGCUGGUGGAUGAAAACACCAUCUGCGUUGCUGCUAUACUGGGCUCAACCCUCAAUGGAGAGUUCGAAGAUGUCAAGCUCCUCAACCAUCUUCUGCUCGAGAAGAACAAGGAAACUGGAUGGGACACCCCGAUUCAUGUGGAUGCAGCGAGUGGCGGAUUCAUAGCUCCAUUUCUGAACCCAGAGCUGGAGUGGGAUUUCAGGCUACCGUUGGUGAAGAGCAUCAAUGUGAGCGGGCACAAGUAUGGGCUUGUGUAUGCAGGCAUUGGGUGGGUAGUUUGGAGAAGCAAAGAGGACUUGCCUGAAGAGCUCAUCUUCCACAUCAACUACCUUGGAGCUGAUCAACCCACCUUCACCCUCAAUUUCUCCAAAGGGUCUAGUCAAGUCAUUGCUCAGUACUAUCAGCUCAUUCGCUUAGGAUAUGAGGGGUACCGGAAUGUGAUGGAGAACUGCCGGGAAAACGCUCUGGUGCUGAAACAGGGUCUGGAGAAGACUGGAAAAUUCAACAUAGUGUCCAAGGACGACGGCGUUCCCCUCGUGGCCUUCUCCAUGAAGGACAACUCUCGCCACAACGAGUUCCAGGUUUCCGAGAUGCUACGCCGCUUCGGCUGGAUCGUCCCGGCCUACACCAUGCCGGCCGACGCCCAGCACAUCACGGUGCUCCGCGUCGUCAUCCGGGAAGACUUCUCCCGCACCCUGGCGGAGCGCCUGGUGCUCGACAUCACCAAGGUGAUGCACGAGCUCGAGGCGCUGCCGCCGGCGAAGAAGAAGACGGCCGCCGCGGCCGGGGAAGAUGAUGAGAAGGCGAUCAGGAACGGGAAAAUCGGCAAGAAGAGUCCAUUGGAGACGCAGAGGGAGAUCACGGAUGUCUGGAAGAAGUUCGUCUUGGCCAGGAAAGCGAUUUGCUAGGGUUUUCAGAAGCGUUUUUGAUGGAGGAGAAUCUUGAGAGUUGAAAGGUUUUUUUUUUUUUUUUAAUUAAGGGUCCAGAGAUAAUCUUCUUCCUUGUGGGGAUGCUGAUUUCACUGACAA